AUGCAGCCCGGCCUGCAGAAACGGACGUUUGCGCGCGGUCCUGCGGUGGCGGAGGCUGACACUUUUGCGAAGGAUUUCAAUGCGAUUUUUCGCAUUCAGAACAUUCGCCAGACGCUUUGCAGUAUUGUUUCCUCACGUGCUGCCUCCUCUCAACGUGACUCGACGCCACGCGAUGAGACGCCACACAAUCUGCGGGGCCUAAGUACGGAGGGAACGUUGAUGUCACCGCGUGGGCCUCCGGCUUCUGCCGCGGGGCGUUUUCUUGUUUCGUCUCAGCGCCGUGUGGAGGAGCUAAUGCGCGAGAACCACCGACUGGAGUUACUCUGCAUCACACAGGAGGAAGCCAUGAACCAGUUGCGUGAGGAGCCAGUCCCGGUCGGGAGAGAGCAGUCUAGUGAGGUCGCAGGCGGUUCGGCGAAGCUGGGGCGAUUGGGUCGAUGCAAGACGCCUUCUUUAAGCCGCAGGAGUCAAGCGACACGUUCAGUCGCGGAGGGCGGUGACGCAACGGGGACCGUCGAUGCAUCGCAGUCGCCGCCAAUAUCGAGUAGGGUUGUUGAGGCCGUACAGCACCUUGUUGACACCGCGAUUUGUGUGUUUCCACGGCUUCUUUCCAAUGCUGAGACCCCCGGAGACGACGCCGGGAGGGAGCUGGACACCACCUGUGCCGUGUUUGAAUUUGUGGUGAGCAAUCUUUCUGACUGGGAACGCCUUACCAGAGAGUCGGCCGAGAUGAGGAGGGUGAAUGCAAUUCUUUCUCGGACAAUCGCAGAUCUGGAGGAGAAGCAAGAGGCCUGGCGUGCCAAACUUCUCUCCAUCGUGAAGCGAUUGCAGGCGACGGAGGCAGAGCAGCGGCGGAGUAUACAGGUGCGGGAUUGUCGUAUAGAUGCGCUACAGGCGCAAGUAGACUCCCUCACAGCAGAUGUCACAUGUGCCGUGGAGCAGCGGGAUCAAUACAUGCUCCGCUGCGGGGAUCUUGAGCGGUCUAUCUGCUGCCGCCUCGAGGAACAGCUAACAGAACGACAAGAGGCGGAUAGAGUGCAGCGUGAGUACGAGGCGCUGCGUAGCGAGCUGAAUUCACUCUGCAAAUCGCUGCCUAAAGAAGUUGCCGCGCCUUUCACUGCCGAGGAGGGCAAUGAGGGGGAGCAGCAGGCACGCACGGGGUUGGAUGUGUUGAAACUCCAGGCGACUAUUGAUUCUCUCAUGGACGAGAGGAGGGCAAUGCAAAAACGGCUUGAUACCCUUGCGGGCUCACUCGCCGAAGUGAAUGAACGUGUGUUGUUAUUAGAGGAGGAGAAGAGAGAGCUCUCACAGCAACUGAGAUCAAAGCAAAAUGAGGUUGAACAUGCCCAUCAAGAACUGGAGGAACUGAAGCGUUUUCCUUCUCCUUCUGCUGCUGCUGCUGCUGCUGCGUUGUCUGACGAAACUCCAGUGGCAGCUGAAAAAGUUUACCACGCCGAGGGGUCACACCAACGUUGGUUUUUGCGGCCUGUUGAGUACUGCCAGUUUGACGGGAAGGAGUUGUCCACGCCUGUCGUGGAUGUCUCCUCCAUUCUCCGUGCACUUGACACCGACAUUAUUGCUUUUUCCAAUAGAAACGAGCAUGUACGCAAACCAGGGCUCUUUUUUCAAAUUGGGUGCGGCAUUGCGAAGGAGCUGGAGUUAUUUAACAACUUAUCUUCGACCUCCCUAGGAAAGUGGAAGCUGUUCCUGUUGCAGAUACAGGACGGCUUUAGGGACCCCGAAUUCUACACGGCUGACCACGCGGCUGAGUGUGCCCAGUUCUUUUAUGCCCUUUUGUUUCACUCCGGAAUGAUACCACACAUGAGCCAUGCGGAGUUGUUGGCCGCUGUGACGGCUGCACUCUGCAUGGAGUAUGGCCAUCCAGGUGUUUCAGGCUGCCUUCUUUCCGCAGCGCAGGACCCUGCGGCCGCUGGCAUUCAUAGCUGCCUUCUACUAGAGCACCGGCGCUUAGAGAGUCUUGGCGAAAUUUUUUCACAGGAGCAGUUUUUUUUCUGUGAUCAUCGGUUGGCGACUGUCUCGCUUCUGGAUGAUGUGAAGGCUUUGCUUCUUCCGGACGGAUGGCAUGGGGAGUGCAGCGGCGUGAUGCAUUCUUGUCUCAAGCUUCUGUCGAGUGGGCCAUUGCGGAUGGAGAGUGAGUCCGUGCGCUGCCAGCUUGUUCAAUUGCUGCUGAGGUUGGCAAAGUAUGCUUUUUGCAUGCGUGUGUUUGAUGUGAAUGACCGAUACUCGGGGAAGUGGUUUCAGAUGAUGCAGCGGCAGGCACAAUUUGCUGCAGAAAUUGGGAUUUACGGGUUUGACUUGCCUCACAACGCACCCACCGUCGCGGAUACACAACUGCUGCUGAUGGAGCGUACAGUCCUACCGCUGUGCCGCAUUGUGGUUCAGGCCUUCCCGUCGCUUUAUCCGUGCGAGGAGGCACUACGAGCGAACUAUGCCACAUGGGUCUUGCGUGCUGGGCAACACCCAAAGGAGGGUGCUGUGGCGGAGGUGCGUGAUUCAUUCUCAUUUUCUGCGGCCGAUUUGCCGCAUGUUGAAGGCAUCACACAAGACGCUGCGGCCGCUGACAGCAUUGACUCACGGGGUUUCGAUGCUGCCCAUCGAAACGUUUCACAACAAUUAGAGAGUGGCUCCCUUCUUGUCAGCACCGCCUUAUUUCUCUCCUCUCAAAAGGAGAUGCUCUCUGUGUAUGAAGAGAACGUGGUCCUUCGUGGCAUGCUUGAGACACUUUUAGUCCCGGUUGAGACUCUCCCUGCAUCUCAAGGAGCUGUCCCAUGA